GCUAAGUCCUUCUCUUACUCCCAUGUCGGUACUGCCAUUCUGCUCUCUUUUCCCGUUGAUCUACACACCUCAUGCACGAUGUUAAGGCCGGUACUCUCAACGCCCGGGAAAAGAAGCGCCUAUGUUACAUGAUUUCCUCGGAGAACUCGGGCCAGCGCCCUACACCUGUGUUCAGCCCCACCGCGCUCCCGCUGAACCCUUGACUCGUUUUUGCUUGAAAAUCCUCAUAUAAAAUGGGCGGAGCCGUCCGCCCUGAAGCGCCUCCCCAUUCUCGACCGCCAUCAUGAAAGAGGAUUCAAACGCGACAUGUCCAGUGAACCCGCUCAAGCGUAUCGAUACUUGCGAUAACGGCGACGAUCCUCGACUCGAGACUAUUCAACUCGGCGUCUGGACACUGACACUGGGAAAAGAAAAGGCGAAGUCCAAGUGCCCUUUUCCCUCUCCAGGCGCCCUACGCUCGCACUUCGCUCUUGUGCGCCGCAUCUUUUCCGAGGUGUGGCGCGUCGAUCCGUGGGCAGUGGCGUUCUUGGUGCUCUACCAUUUCUUUGAAGCCAUCGAGUACUCCAUCAUCCUGUACUUCUCUGGUCGCUUGCUCAAGCAGAUUGAGCUUGUACUGGUCAGUGCAACGGUCGACAAGGCAGCGAUCCUCUCGGCAAUAGUGGCAAGACUAUCUUGUUUUGCGGUCGUUGCGUGGGUCCGGUGGUGGAACCAUACGACUAUGCCCAGACUGGAAAGUCGGGUCAUCCGCCAUUUCAAGACAAACCUACUAUCGGCCAAACUCCGGACAGACCUUCCCACGUCGUUGAAGCCAUCCACGACCGGCAGAGUGUCAGCCAGUUCAGUAUGGGACGCAUUUUGCCAGGUCUUCCAUCUUUGCGCAAGCAUCCUCAAUGUAGCGAGCAUCAUGACGUUCAUAAUCGCCUCAUGCCGUUCUGCUGUUGGCGUAGGUCCUGUGUUCCCGUUGAUUUGCUUGGUGGAGCCGGUUCUGGUUCACCUCGAGCGCCGUUCUUUGUGGCCUAUGCCGCACGUUGUCCAUACGGAGAACGAGGCAUUCCUUCGAAGCAAGAGACUGUCAAAGAUGGCGAAGCAAGAGCUGCGCGAGGAGGUCACCAGCGCUGGUAUUGGAGAGUACAUUAUCGAAGGUUAGUCCAACGGCUAUCGGACGUGUCCUGUAGCUCAUAACGGCGCACGUCAGAGUUCAAGGAGGCGUGUGCCCGAUUGAGGGACACAUCCACCGAGGACGUCAAUGGUCAGUACGAUCG